AUGACUUCGCGGAAAGGCCGCCGGCAACGUAUGGAGAAUAUGGACACCGCGGGCAAUGAAUCAGCAGGAGAACAGGCCGUCCCCGACAGCACGGUGCCGCGGAAAUCCUGGCCCGAGCUCCGCGCCGUCGUUAGCGAUCUCAGGAGGAAACUGUCUGGAGUAUCGGCUGGAUCUGUACCGAGUUCUAUAACUUUCCGAUCGCUUCCAGACGGCCGAACUAGAAUCUAUUUCCUUAGCACGCCGAGUAACGGUUGGGAGACCACUCUUCUCUACGUGGACAUUGCACACGCGGAUCAUGCCAACGGCUACCGAUUGCAUUGGCAACCUGUCAUAGAGGCAAAUUUCCAGAGUGUAUCAAGUGCAAAUAGAUUGUCGAAGGAGGAACAGUUGUUGUGGGAAAGGAAGAGACUUGCUACGUGGGGUAUCACCAGUUACGAGAUCCAUGCGGAGAGCGGAAAAUUAGUCUUUCCAGCUGCUAGCAGUCUUUAUCAAUGUGUAGAUACUGGAUUUAUGCCUGGACCUCUCUUCCCAUCCGAAAUCAGGAUGUCGACGACCGGUGCGAAACUAUGUCCUCAAAUCUGUCCCUGGAACAACGCUUUGAUCGCUCACACGUGUUCAGGAGAUCUGUAUCUGUCUCAUAGUAUCACAGGUUCUUCAGUUCGAUUAACUCAUGCCAGGAAAGGAGGAAGAAGUCUCGUGGACGAUCCGCUUACCGCUGGUACUCCUUCCUACGUCAUGCAGGAGGAAUUUACAAGGUAUAUUGGCUACUGGUGGCAGCCAAAGUCCAUGUUUGAUGGAAUCUAUAGGAUAGUAUACGAAGAAGUGGACGAGAGCGAUGUCAAGAUAUAUUGCUUCCCCUCGUCAAAUUUCGAUGAAGUAGAUGAAUUUAGAUUUCCUAGAGCUGGUAUGCCUAAUGCUAGGAGUAACUUGAAAAUGGUGCAGUUCCGUCUAACAGAGUCAUUACAUAUUGUCGAUGUCGAGAUAUUGGAGCUCCAAUAUCCUCUUCACAUUAUGUUCCCGUGGAUGGAAUACAUGGUGCGAGUUGGAUGGACUCCGGAUGCUCAAUACGUCUGGGUGCAACUACUAGACAGAAAACAACAGAAACUCGAGUUGGUGUUGUUGUCGAUAGACAACUUUUGUGAACCACCGCCGAAUACGUACAAUACGGAAAAUCAUUUCACCCCCACAUCAGCGAGCGUUCAAGUGAUAUACUCUGAACAGAGUCCAAUUUGGAUAAACGUGAACGACCUACUAUACUUCUUGAAGUCCGACGAUGCGAACGAAGUCAAAUUUAUCUGGGGAAGCGAGGAAUCCGAGUUUCGACACUUGUAUCUUAUAACAUCCAGUAUAGCAGGCUUAAGUAACGGAGUGGAAGAACCUUUGGAUAGAAUGGACAGUAUAUUUCUUCGACCACGUAUUACUUCCAAGAUAGCUCUGACACAAGGUGAUUAUGAAGUACUAGGCAAGAAAAUAUGGGUCGACGAGGUCAAUUCCAUCGUCUACUUCUGUGGACUAAGAGAAGGACCGCUUGAGCAACACGUUUACGCAGUUUCGCUACGACGGCCAUUAGAAAUACGGCUACUGACGCGGCCUGGCUACAGUUACAACAGUGUAUAUUUUAACAAAGAGUGUACAAUGCUGGUUACUGUUUAUAGUUCCAUUAAAACGCUGCCUACUUGUCAAGUAUUUAAAAUAUCACAAACCGAUUGGACAGUGGAAAGUAUAUCACUCACACCCGUAGGUUAUCUCCUAGAACCAUCGGCGCCCGAAUCUGAGUUGUUCGCACCGGAAAUCUUUACGCAUAAAAUCAAAUCGGGGGAUACGGUCUACUCGAUGAUAUUUAAACCUCAUAAUUUCCAACCUGGGGUCAAAUAUCCCACGAUAUUAAAUGUUUACGGAGGACCCGAAGUACAACUUGUAUCAAACACAUUUAAAGGUUUAAGACAUUUACGAAUGCACAUGUUAGCUGCUCAAGGCUACUGUGUAGUUUUAAUAGAUUCUCGCGGGUCGCAGCAUAGAGGUCUCAUAUUCGAGAGUCAUUUGCGACGUAGGAUGGGAACAGUAGAGCUGAACGAUCAAGUCGAAGUAUUAAGAUGGUUGGCAGAGACUACUGGAUAUAUAGAUCUAAAUCGAGUAGCUCUUCAUGGCUGGUCUUAUGGUGGAUACUUAAGUCUAAUGGGUUUGAUACAGUAUCCCGAUGUAUUCAAGUUGGCCAUUGCUGGUGCUCCAGUUACCUCGUGGAACUUUUAUGAUACCGGAUAUACUGAGCGUUACAUGGACAUGCCACAGAACAAUCCUCACGGUUAUAUGGCCGGAUCAGUUCUGACAUAUGUAAACAAGUUUCCCGACGAAGAGAAUCGUUUGUUAAUUAUUCACGGUCUUAUAGACGAGAAUGUACAUUUUUACCACACUAGCCAAUUGAUUAAUGCCCUGGUGAAAAUUGGUAAACCGUAUCAGUUGCAAGUUUACCCUAAUGAGAGGCAUAGUCUGAGAAGUAUAGAUGCCAGCAAACAUUACGAAACAACCCUAUUAUCCUUUUUACAGAAUCAUUUAUGAACUAACGUUUUGUCUUUUUUUAUUUUUGUUUCUUUUCAUAUAUUGUUAAAUAAUUCGAUAAUAAUUGUUUCUUCAAAUAAGAAUUUGCGAGUUUAAGUAACUGCCAUUAUAAUUUAUGUAUACACACU